AUGGUAUCAGUCAUUGCUAGGAGGGCGGCUUGGUUUGGCCGUGUCCUGUCGAAAGAUGCAACCAUCUCGGAACCAUCAACCAGCUGUGGCUGGAUUUUCUUUGGCUCUAGACGAGCUAUUUCAUUAUCAAAUACUUAUCGACGUGUCGGUUAUUAUGCCUUAUUUCCUGUUGUGCCGAAUGCUACGCCCGAGAAUAACAGAUUUAUGGCCAAUGUUUGUAAUGCAGAAGACUGGCCAGCUCUUUGUAUCUCACCGAAAGAAAUGUAUGAAGGAACAGUUCGGAUGCUGUUGGAGUAUGGAACUACACUGCAUGAGCAUAUGAAAGUAUUAGAAGGAAUGCAGCCCGAAGAUCUAACUUUUGAAAAUGUUAUUGAACCAUUUAUUGCGGAAGAAGAACAGGUCUUGUACGCUUUUCAUACACUGUGGACUAGAAUGGUUACAGACUGGCCAAUUUCUAGUGAUUUACAUGCUGAUUUCAUAAAAAUUCAAGAAUUAGCCAUCAAUGAAGUUUCUUCUAAGUGGAAAUACGAUGUUUUUUUCAAAGCCAUCAAGACACUCUGUGAAAGAAAUGAAACCUCAGAGAGAUGGAAGCGAAGGCUUGCCGAUUUCUAUUAUCUGCAAAUGAAAUCAACAGCUAUGGGUGAAUCUUCGAAAAAACAUGAGCAGUUCGCAGGACACGAUAGUUUUGUCGAACAUUAUAUAUUUAGAUAUAGAAUGAUAUUGCGAAAUUCAGAAGAUAUGGAGGAUAUUCAAAUUACAGAUCGAGCAUUGUUCAAGGAUGCGCCUCCCGAAGUGUUCAGGAAACUUGCAGUAAACAGAACGAAAUAUGAAGAGGGACCAUGGUUUGUUGCUGCAACAGCGAGAUCUAUAAAGCCCAUAUUGACCUACUGUUCUGAUAAGGCUAUUCGUGCAACUGUUUGGGAUAAAUGGAUUACAUGUGCUGCAAAGCCACAUAGUUUAGCACGUGUUACAAGUAAUGCAAGAACAAUUGAAACUAUUAGAAGACAUCAAGGAAAGAAAGCUGCAUUGCUGGGAUUUUCCACAUAUGCUGAAUAUAGAUUGGCUUACAAAAUGGCAGAAUCCCCAAAAAUUGUACGAAAAUUUACGAAAGCUUUAGCAAGGAGAAUGCGACCAUUAUUCGAUGAUCGGAUGCAAGCUUGGUCCAAUUUCGCUGCAGAGAAGGAAAAACUUUAUACCCUUGCUCCGUCGGAUUUAUAUUAUAUUUGCCGUAAGGAGGCGGAAAGUUUACACGAAAUUGACCCUUUGGAUCUUAUGUAUUAUUUCCCUUUCUGGCCUACAUUUGAGAAUAUGUUGGAAAUCUUUUCAUACGUAUUCGAUGUCUUGUUCGAAGACAUCACUAGUGACAGCCUUGAUCGAUGUCAUCCAGAUAUUCGGAUUUUUUCCGUAACAGACUCAUCAGGACUACAUUUGGGUCGCCUCUAUGUUGAUCCUUUCGAACGGCCGAAUAAGUGUUGUACAUGGGAUGCUUUGCUUGGACGAAGUUAUUGUGCCGAAAAUAGGUGGGAUAAAAUAGUUUAUCUCUUUGCUAAUCUCAGCGUAUCUAGUUCACCGGACUCAUCCACACUUCUACAUUAUGAGGAAUUACAGAAUCUUCUUUUCCAUGCAGGUCGUGCGAUGCAAUUUUUGCUCUCUCAAUCACCAUACAGAGAUCUGGUAGUACCAUGGAAAAUUUUCCACGCUCAUGAUAUGGAUGCUGUGGAUCUGCUGCCAACUAUUGUGCAGUUUUUCAUUUUUAAGCCCGUACUAUUAACUGCUUUGUCCUGCAAACAUCUGAAAACUGGUGAAGCAUUGUCGGAAACCAAGGCAAAUAAUAUUGCACUGGGUUUAUCACGCUCCACAUUUUAUGAAACUUAUCGUGCAUUAUUUUGGACAGAUUUUGAUCUCACGCUCUUCGACACGAAAGAUACUGAUCAGGUUACAUGGCAAGAAAUAUACCACCAAAAAUUGACGGAAUAUUUUGCAUUCAAAAACUCAAAGAAAGAUAUGCAACCAUGUUCUUUUGCUCCAAUUUUUGGUAAAAAUAUAUCGAUGGCCAUGUAUUACAAUCGACUUUGGGCAGAGAUGCUGGCUUUGGAUAUCCACGAUACGUUUGAGAAGGAAGAUGACGUUUGUGCAACAGGCGAUCGUCUGAAAAAAGCAAUUUUGUUCGAGGGAGCUAGUCAGCCGCAAAGGGAACUUUAUCGGCGCUUCCAGGGACGUGAUCCGAGUCCUGAUGCGAUGUGCGAUUUCUACGAUCCUCCACAAUACCAUAUUAGUAUUGCUGCUUCCAAUGAAGACGCUAGCCCACAUUUGGAUUCGGACGUACAAACUAAUACAGGAAAACUUGAAGCGAAGCAAGGAGCACCCACAAAAUGA